AUGGACUAUGGAGAACUGGCUUACGCUGUGCUAAUAUGUCAGGGUGCUGUGGAAAAUCUACUGGAGAGGAGCACAAAGAUUCAGUUGCUCGAUGGUUCUGUUGUACCACUGGACCAUAAUUCAAGGAACAUUAUUUUACAAGCCCUUCAUGAAAUGUCGACUGGUGCAUUACGCUGCUUGGGUUUUGCGUACAAAGAUGAGCUUCCUGAAUUUGAAACCUAUGAUGGUACUGAAGAUCACCCAGCUCAUGCACUUUUACUUAAUCCAUCCAACUAUGCAUCAAUUGAGAACAAACUUACUUUUGUCGGCUUGGUUGGAUUGAGGGAUCCUCCAAGAGAAGAGGUUUCGCAAGCAAUUGAGGACUGCAGAGCAGCUGGAAUUCGUAUCAUGGUUAUUACAGGAGAUAACAAGAAUACAGCGGAAGCUAUAUGUAAUGAAAUAGGUGUAUUUGAACCUAACGAAGACAUUAGUUCGAAAAGUUUGACUGGUAAAGAGUUCAUGGAGCUGCGUGAUAAGAAAGCCCAUCUAAGACAAAGUGGUGGGCUAUUGUUUUCCAGAGCUGAACCAAGGCACAAGCAAGAGAUAGUUAGGUUGCUCAAAGAAGAUGGGGAGGUGGUUGCCAUGACUGGUGAUGGAGUUAACGAUGCCCCUGCUCUGAAACUGGCAGAUAUUGGGAUUGCCAUGGGCAUUGCUGGAACAGAGGUUGCAAAGGAAGCUUCUGAUAUGGUGUUGGCAGAUGAUAAUUUUAGUACAAUUGUUUCUGCUGUCAGUGAAGGCAGAUCCAUUUACAACAACAUGAAGGCUUUUAUCAGGUAUAUGAUAUCUUCAAAUAUUGGAGAGGUUGCCUCUAUAUUUUUAACAGCAGCUUUAGGUAUUCCUGAAGGCCUGAUACCUGUCCAGCUUCUGUGGGUAAAUCUUGUUACUGACGGACCACCUGCAACAGCAUUGGGAUUCAAUCCCCCAGAUAAAGACAUAAUGAAGAAGCCCCCUCGUAGAAGCGAUGACUCUCUCAUUAGUGCUUGGAUUUUAUUCCGCUACUUGGUCAUUGGGCUCUAUGUUGGAAUAGCGACCGUUGGUAUUUUUAUCAUUUGGUAUACACAUGAUUCUUUCUUGGGCAUCGAUCUUAUCGGGGAUGGCCACACUCUUGUCAGUUACUCACAGCUUGCCAACUGGGGUCAGUGCUCAUUGUGGGGGAAUUUUACUGUUUCACCCUUCACAGCUGGGAGUCAGGUGUUCUCCUUCAAUGAUAAUCCUUGUGAUUAUUUCCAUGGUGGGAAAGUAAAAGCUAUGACACUUUCCCUUUCUGUGUUGGUUGCCAUUGAAAUGUUUAACUCCCUCAAUGCCCUUUCUGAGGAUGGGAGCCUCUUGACAAUGCCCCCUUGGGUCAACCCUUGGCUACUUGUGGCAAUGUCUGUUUCAUUCGGUUUGCACUUCUUGAUCCUGUAUGUGCCAUUCCUUGCUCAAGUUUUUGGUAUUGUGCCUCUAAGCUUCAAUGAAUGGCUCUUGGUUUUGGUCAUUGCAUUCCCUGUGAUUUUAAUUGAUGAAGUUCUAAAGUUCGUGGGGAGAAGUACAAACGGAUCUCAAACGUCAAGGAGGAAAUCUUCAAAAACGAAAUCAGAGUGAGACAAUUUGCAACAUAUUCAUGGAGAAGUUGUUCAGUACUCCUGAUACUGCCUGCCGUGUAUCGAAUCCGCGGUGUCCGACCUAUAUUUUUGGUUCCAUCCAGUUAACAGGGAUUGUAUGGACUAUGGAGAACUGGCUUACGCUGGUACUUUUUGUCUACCAUAAGCUCUUUAAUUUUUUGGGUUCUUUCAAACCACAUAUUUUAGUGUUGGAAAUCAACAAAAGUUCACAGUUAUUUUUUUGCCAUCUGAUGGAUGUGCUAAAUGGUCCUGUAAACCUUCUGCUAAUGCAGUAAGUUGCUAACUUAAAAACACGAAAGUGUAAGUUAAAUCAAUCCAUUUCGCCCUUUUUCUUUA